UAUGACAUAACCUCAAUCUUUGCCGGAUUUCAACGUGAUUCUUUCAAACGCGUGUUUUUCUCCAGAGUUUGUGUUGUGUGUUUACUAACAAAGUUUCGAAUACUAAAAUAUAUAAGGCAAAAAUGGGCAAACCAGGAUUUUCAUCAGACGGUGGAGAGAGAAGAAGUGGAGGUUUUGGUAGAGGAGGAGGAGGAGGCAGAGGUGGAGGUGGAGGUUUUGGACGCGGGGGUGGAGGAAGAGGUGGCGGUGGCGAUGAAAGAAGAAGUGGAGGCUUUGGUAGAGGAGGAGGUCGUGGUGGAGGUGGUGGUCGUGGGGGAGGUGGCAGACCUAGUUUUGGUAGAGGAGGUGGAGGCGGAGGUGGAAGACCUAGUUUUGGUAGAGGAGGUGGUGGGGGCAGAGGAGGCAGUAGAGGUGGAGGACGUGGUGGAAGAGGAGGUGGAGGCGGUUUCAAAGGGGGAAACGCUGUCAGCGUUGAGCCACAUAGGCAUGAAGGUAUAUUCAUAGCAAGAGGCAAAGAAGAUGGUCUUCUCACCUUGAACUUGGUACCUGGUUCAGAAGUUUAUGGAGAAAAGAGGAUAACCAUCGAGAAUGAGGGUAAAAAAAUUGAAUACAGGGUAUGGAAUCCUUUUAGAAGCAAAUUAGCCGCAGCCAUUUUAGGAGGAGUCGAUGAAAUUUAUAUUCAACCAGGAAGUAGGGUAUUAUAUUUAGGUGCCUCCUCAGGGACUACAGUUUCUCAUGUAUCAGAUAUAGUUGGACCAGAAGGAUUGGUCUAUGCCGUUGAAUUCUCACAUCGUUCUGGAAGAGAUCUGCUCAACGUAGCCAAAAAAAGGACCAACAUCAUUCCGAUAAUAGAAGAUGCCAGGCAUCCACACAAAUACAGGAUGUUGGUUGGAAUAGUAGACACAAUAUUUGCCGACGUAGCUCAGCCCGAUCAAUCUAGAAUCGUAGCUUUGAACGCCCAGAAUUACCUAAAGAUAGGAGGACAUUUCAUAAUUUCCAUAAAGGCCAGUUGCAUCGAUUCCACAGCUCAACCCGAAGCGAUAUUCGCCUCCGAGGUGAAGAAAUUGACUGCGGACAAUUUGAAACCCAAGGAACAACUCACGUUAGAACCGUACGAGAAGGACCAUUGUGUCAUCAUAGGAACGUACAGGCCGGCGGCUAAGAGUAAUUGAACCUAAUGUAGGUUAGGGGAUGGAACCGUAUGUGGACACUUAUUCAAAACUGAAUGAGCUUUAUGAAUGCGAUGGACAAUUCAUCAGAGAUAAACGUGUAAAGGAUAUGUUGAAUCCGUUUGUUUGUUCAUAAUUUGUACAAAAUAUAAAAGAAAAACACUA